CAUACACACUCAUCAUACAAAAGCUCAAAACCAAAUCAAAUCAAACCAUCGGUUUUUAAACCAUUUAACUUUUUCUUCAUCAAAACCAAACCAAACUUGUAAUUACAAUUUGGUUUGGCCUGAUUGUUGCCCAACCUAGUCCUCCUUGUCUUGUUUGCUUGACUUAAUUUCGUUUCCUUCAACCCCAAUUGUCUUUUUUUUUUUCUUUUCUUUUUCGGAUUAAUAUUUUUCUAUGCCAAGAUUUGUUUCCUUUUUUGACCCAAAACUUGACGUUUUCCCCUUCUUCUUCCUUCUUUGAUCCCAUUUCUUGUCUAUAUAUACUCACUUUUCUGCAGAUGAUUAGUGCGCUCUCUCUCUCUCUCUCAUACACGCACACAAUAUUUCCUUCAGUUUAUGAUAUAAGUAAGAAACUGCAGGCCUUGUUAAUUAGAAUUUAGAAGGCAGGCCACCAUGGGCAAAUUCUUCAUUUUGAGCAUAACUGUGUGCAUGCAUAUGCUGUUCAUGAGUUUGGUUAUAGUUGAGGCUGCCCCUGAAAGCUCUCUUAUCACCCAACUUCCCGGCUUUAAUGGUACCUUUCCAUCCAAGCACUACUCAGGAUAUAUAAGCAUAGAUGGAAAGAAUCUUUUCUACUACUUGGUAGUUUCAGAAAGAAGCCCAGCAAAUGAUCCAGUUGUUCUGUGGCUCAAUGGUGGACCCGGCUGCUCUAGCUUCGAUGGCUUUGUUUAUGAGCAUGGGCCAUUCAAUUUUGCACAAGGACCACCAAAAGGAGGAUUGCCUGUUUUGCAUCUUAAUCCUUAUAGCUGGUCCAAGGUUUCCAACAUUAUUUACUUGGAUUCUCCUGCUGGUGUUGGCUUUUCUUACUCUCAAGACGAAAGCAAAUAUCAAACUGGGGACCUACAAACUGCUUCUGAUACACACGCCUUUCUCCUCAAGUGGUUUGAGCAAUUCCCCGAGUUCCUUUCAAAUCCAUUUUACAUUGCUGGAGAGUCUUAUGCUGGAGUCUAUGUGCCAACUCUUGCUUCUCAAGUUGCAAAAGGUAUAUACAAUGGAACAAAACCAACUCUAAAUCUCAAGGGUUACCUGGUGGGGAAUGGAGUCACAGACGGGAAAUUUGAUGGCAAUGCUCUAGUGCCAUUUGCUCAUGGGAUGGCUCUCAUCUCAGAUCAAAUCUUUGAGCAAGUUACAGCCGCAUGUGGCGGAGACUUCCAUAAUCCUCCAAAUCGUACUCAAUGCGGCAAGAAAUUUCGGCUAGUUUACGAGGCUAUUGAUGGACUAAACAUUUACGACAUCCUGGAGCCUUGUUACCAUGGCCCAGGAACUAAUAGUAAUAAUAACCAAAAUAAUGGCAAAGGAAAUACAAGCUUACCACUAAGCUUCCAGCAACUAGGGACCACUACUGAGAAGCCUCUGGGAGUGAGGAAAAGGAUGUUUGGCCGUGCUUGGCCUUUUAGGGCACCCGUAGAAGAUGGCAUUGUCCCAUUGUGGCCUCAGCUAUCAAACUCACUCGGUGUUCCUUGCUUUAGUGAUGAAGUUGCAACGAAAUGGCUAAACAACCCAGCAGUUAGGGAAGCAAUUCAUGCAGAGCCAGAAAGUGUGACUGGUCCUUGGGAGUUAUGUACAGGCAGAAUAAGUUAUUCUCAUGAUGCCGGAAGCAUGAUCCCUUACCACCGAAAUCUUACAACUCAGGGAUACAGAGCACUCAUUUACAGUGGAGACCAUGAUAUGUGUGUUCCAUACACCGGGAGCCAGGCAUGGACCAGAUCACUUGGAUAUCAAAUUGUAGAUGAAUGGAGAUCUUGGCAGUCCAAUGAGCAAGUUGCAGGAUACUUGCAAGCAUAUCAAAACAACCUCACCUUUCUCACCGUCAAGGGAGCUGGACACACCGUCCCUGAAUACAAGCCGCGGGAGGCACUGGACUUUUAUACACGCUGGUUGGAAGGAAAACCGAUAUGACAUUGAAAAAGCAUUUCAAUCCAUUCUCUCUCUCUCUCUCUCUCUCUCUCUCUUUUUGUCGUCACAUUUCUUUUUUCUGGUUAUUAAACUUACAACUUCCAUUGUCAACUUUUGAUCUUACAUCAAUCAAAGAAAUGCAUUCUACCAA